AUUCCAGCCUGCCGUAGGUCGCCGCUAUUUGUUAGGAAUAACGUUAUUGCUGAGCAACUGAGACGUAGGAGCACAUACUGGGCAGGGCACUGAAAACCGUUGGGCUGCUUCUGAAUUGGAUCUUUGCACAAAAAGGGGAACAGAAAGGGGAUGACGUAGGGUUUGGAGGCUGGAGGAGAGAGAGCAGAGAUGAGCCUCACGUCCUGGUUCCUGGUGAGCAGUGGGGGCACGCGCCACCGGUUGCCCCGCGAGAUGAUCUUUGUGGGACGAGACGACUGCGAGCUCAUGCUGCAGUCUCGCAGCGUUGACAAGCAGCAUGCUGUGAUCAACUACGAAGCCACCAGUGAUGAGCACAAAGUGAAGGACCUGGGGAGUCUUAAUGGGACAUUUGUGAAUGAUGUCCGCAUCCAGGAGCAGAUGUACAUCACUCUGAAGAUUGAUGACAAGCUGAGGUUUGGAUAUGAUACCAACUUGUUUACGGUGGUCCGAGGAGAGCUUCAUGUUCCAGAGGAAGCUCUGAAGCAUGAGAAGUUCACCAGCCAGCUCCAGCUGGGAAAGAAGCCCGCCUGUGCAGAGCCACCAAGCCACAAGACACCCAAGUCUCCUCCAGCCAAAGGUGCAGAGAGCAAGGCAGCAGAGCCUGUCGCAGAACCUUCUGUCAAACCUGCAGAACCCAGCAAAGCAGAUGAGAAAAUGCCAGGAGACGUUGCAGCACUGCACAGGGGAACUCCUUUGUAUGGACAGCCAUCCUGGUGGGGUGAUGGAGAUGCGGACGACGAGAAUUCGUUUAAACAGGAGAAUAAAGCAUCUGGGAAAAAACAGGAAACUUCUGGGACAGAGAGCAAAGAGGCCAAGAGGACGGAGAAGUCCAAGGAGAAUGGCCUGAGCUCUUUGGGGCCUGAGCCUAGCUACUUUGAGAUCCCCAGUAAAGAGGGCCAAAUGGCAGAGAACAGCAUCCACGAGGUCCCGACCAAGGACACAGAGGGCGAUGCAGCCGCAAAGUCCGCAGCGGGCAGUGCUACCGCACAGGCCAACACCUCGUUCACCAUCGAGUUUGACAACACCUCCCCGGGGAAGGUGACCAUUAAGGAUCACGUGUCCCGUCUGAGGCCCAAGAAAUCUCAGCAAGGUGGCAAAGAGCUCAGCACCCUGCAGGCUGCUAUCAUGGCCUCGGAGACCAAGGUGGCCGACUGGCUUGCCCAGAAUGACCCUCCUCUGGUGAGGCGCGAGUCCACUGAAGAAGACAGCAAGAGUAUUAAGAGUGACGUGCCUGUCCACCUCAAGAGGUUGAAAGGCAGCAAGCAUGAGGACGGUACCCAGAGUGACUCGGAGAACGGCCUGGGCCUGCGCUUCGGCAGCAGACGCCAUGCAGCCCUGGAGGAGCGCCUGAAAGCGGCCGGACUGGCCCGUGCCAAAGCCAACGGGGCCGAGGGUGCAUCUGGCAGCAGCCGCACUGCCUUCAUGAUCGAGUUCUUCGACGAGGACAACCCACGCAAACGCCGUUCCUACUCCUUCUCUCAGACCGCGCCCCUGUUGGCAGGCUUGGCAGGGGAAGGGCUUUGCCCGGCUCCGCCCUCCCGUCCUAAGGUCACGUCUGCGACUGGAGACGGAAGCAGGGCAGUGGGUUCAGCGCUGGCGGCAGUGGCCCCCACGGCAGCGCGGCUGCUGCAGAAGCAGAGGUCUGAGGACCCCGGCCUGGUGCGUAGCUCUGUCAGCACGGGACAGCCCAGCCCAGGAGAUGAGCCGCAGAAGCAAGACGAUGACCAGAGCGACAAAGGCACUUAUACCAUCGAGCUGGAAAACCGCAACCCUGAGGAGGAGGAGGCCCGCCGCAUGAUUGAUAAGGUGUUUGGGGUGGAGAACUCUCAGGAACCCGGCUGCCCUGAGAAGAAGCAAGGUGUUGGAAAAGACAGUAAGAAGACCAGCACCACUAAAGCUGAGGGCCUUGUGGACGAGUCUGUCGCCAUCGGCAGCCCGCGAUGGGUUUCCCAGUGGGCCAGUUUAGCAGCUAAUCACACUAGAACUGAUCCCGAGGGUUCCGGGGCAGAACCCACAGUCUUUGUCCAUCAGGAACGAGAUGUUGAUGCCUUGGACCCAUCUUUAAAAAGUUCAGGCUCUGCCACCUCCAGCCAGUGUGAACGGAAGAGAAGGACUCUGCCUCAGCUCCCCAUUGACGACAAAAGUAAACCAGGCAAGACCUCCUCCACCCUUGGCCUGCGAUCUGAGAUCGGCGAAAAACAGGACACUGAGCCCCAGGAGAAGGAACGCCACAGUGAGCACAAAGGGGAUGGUGAAUGUGCCCCUUCUACACAGGACACCGUAAGCGGAAAAAGCUCCCAACAGGGCAGGACAGGUGGAAUGCAGACAUCCUCUUCCAAGCCUCCCACACGUCCCUCAGAGAAGCAGAGUGAGGAGUCCCGCAGGAGGCGCACUGAGGACAAGAGCAAAAGUAGCGAUGGGGAAAGGAGUGGGAAGCCCCUGGUGCGUCAGGGAAGCUUCACCAUCGAGAAGCCAAGCGGGAACGUUCCCAUUGAACUCAUCCCGCGCAUCAACCGGCAGGUGGGAGGCCGAGAGCGCAGCGACUCUGCGGGAAGCAUGGACACAGCCACCCUGCUGAAAGACACAGAGGCCGUUAUGGCUUUUCUGGAGGCCAAGCUCCGUGACGAGAAAAAGCUGGACACUACAACGUCCCCUACCCAAGCUACAGGGCGAUCCCUGUCCCCAGAGUCGGAUGUGGACACAGCCAGCGCGGUCAGCGAGGCAGAGCGCAAGGGUGUACAGAAGCGGCGCUCCCUGAGCAGCCUGCACAAAGAGAAGAGCAACCUGAGCUCUGCUGGCAAGAGUGCAGCAAGCGCACGAGAACGCCUGGAGAGAAAAGCCAAGACAAAGGCUCCAGACGGCCGUGCAGACGUCCGCCGCACCACCCAAACUAUCUCACGAGCCCGUCAGCCCUCGAUGGACCUGACAGAUGACGAACAGACAUCUUCACUGCCCAUCUCAGACGUGCUCUCCUCUGACCAGGAGACCUACUCUAGCCGCUCUCAUGGCGGUCGUGGGCCUUUCACAUCUACUGACGACCUUUUACUGUCCAAGCUGGACUCCUCCAAAGGCACCAAGCACACCAGCAAGUCCAGCAGGACUUCCCAGGCCAGCGCUCCACCUGUGGGGAAACAGGCAGGGCUUCCUCAGCCUCGACCCACCAGAGCAUCCUUGCUACGACGCGCUCGGCUCGGCGACACAUCGGACACUGACCUUGCGGACGCAGACAGAGUGUCUGUAGCCUCUGAAGUCUCCACUACCAGCUCAACCUCCAAGCCCCCGUCAGGCAGAAAAGCCCCGUCCCGCAUCGACAUGCUGGCCCAGCCCAGACGCACCAGACUGGGCUCCAUCUCAGCACGCAGCGACUCAGAGGCCACGGUCAGUCGCAGCACAGCGUCACGGGUGUCAGCUGAGACGGCCCUGCGUCUGGGUCUGCGCGCCACCAACCCAGCGGACAGCAAGCUGAACCCACGCAUGCGGGCCAACAGCGUCUCCAAGCUAACAGACACCAAGACAAAAGUGGCACCCCCUGUCUCUGGAUCCCCUGCAGAGAGCUUUUAUGCAGAGAUGACUCUUCCAGAACCUGAAGAUGGCCUAGCAGACGAGGAGCCCAUGGCCUCAAGCAGGUGGAGACGCCUGCCUCCAGAAUAUGCCUCAACCUCUGAGGACGAAUUUGGCUCCAACCGGAACUCCCCCAAACACGGGCGUCUGCGGCCGGGCACCGCACUGCGCACCAGCAAGGUGAGCGCUACGCUCACAGCCACAACCAGCCCUGGUGGCAUCGCCAUGAAGCACAGGAUGAGGGAGCAGGAGGAGUACAUCCGAGACUGGACCGCCCACAGUGAAGAGAUUGCCAGGUUAUUUCCCUGUGUGCGCAGGAUCAGUCAGGACCUGGCCAAGGACCUGGCUAUCCUGGCGCGGGAGAUCCAUGACGUGGCGGGCGAGAUCGACUCGGUCAGCUCCUCUGGCACGGCGCCAAGCACCACAGUCAGCACAGCGGCCACCACGCCCGGCUCUGCCAUCGACACAAGGGAGGAGCUGGUAGAUCAAGUCUUUGAUGGAGGUCUGAACUUUCGUAAGAUCCCUCCAGUGGUGCAGACGAAGGCUCCAGAGAUAAACGGGCGCUCGGUAGAGCUCCGACCUCGAGCUCCUGACAGUAUGGAUCCCCAGGCUGCACUGCGCAGGCGCACAUGGAACCGAGACGAGGUUAGGCCGGCGGUGUUGGACACUUUGCUGUUGACUUCAGUCUCUCAGUUGUCCUCUAAAAUUCGCCACUCUAUGGACAAAACAGUGGGAAAAAUCAGGAUAUUGUUUAAAGACAAGGACAGGAACUGGGACGACAUUGAGACCAAACUUAGUUCAGAAACUGAUGUGCCACUUCUCAAAACCACUAACAAGGAAAUAUCAUUAAUUCUAACAGAGCUGAAGAGGGUGGAAAAGCAGCUUCAAGUUAUAAAUGUCAUGGUGGACCCUGACGGAACCCUAGACGCUCUGACCAGCCUUGGCCUGGGCAGCCCCACCACAGCCAAACCCAAGAGCAGCCCCUGGGAGCCUCAGACUGGUAACGGAGCUUCCAAACCCACCUCCACCACCUCACCCAGCCGAGAGCUACCCAGCCUAGGACUGGACCUGAGCCAAACCCAGCCCAGGGCGGAGGGGGGCGCCGUCACCAACAAAUGAAUGGAAAUGAACUUCUAAUGCCUGAUACCUGACUGUCCUUAAACGGACCGACCUUUGCUUGUACAUACUGUAUGUAUUUUACUCUCUGUGCCCUCCAAGAUUGCAACAUGGAAAAAGUCCAUUUUUCCAUCCUCAAGUGCACAGUGAAGGUCAGACCUGUGGAUUCGGACCUCAACAAAGAGGGCAGCAAAGCAAGCAGACGCAGACACAGCUGCUGGCGACAGGAGGCGAGAGGUCCUGGAGCUGCCACUACACAUCAUCCUUGGUGUCAGAAGCAACUGUGCGUGCUGCAAGUGUGAAUGCUCCUGUCGAGGCAUGCCGACAUGCAAGUCUGACUUUGUCGUGAACUCAACUUUCAACUUUCACAAUAAAGCAACUCCAGUGCCUGUCUGCUCUCCCCUGUAAGCAAACCCUUCUACUAAUGUCAUGUACUUAUAAAAUGAUCGUGAUUUCUGCCUCAGACAUGUUGGAAGGGAGGGGGUGCGUUCUUCACAUACUGAGUCUGAUGUCUGUGUAAGGUUGGUCUUGUCCCAUUAAAAAGUCCUAGAGACCAAAGACCAAGACUAAGGCGUUGCAACCAUGUGGGAGAAUUACUGUUUAGAUGUUGAAAAAUUAAAAAUGAGCGUUAAAAAAAAUAUGAGAUCAAAAAUGGUUCAUAAAAGCAAAAGUAAAAUACUAUUUUACUUUUCAACUAUAAAAGUGUUGAAAAGAUUGUGAAGCUAAACAUGAACCAGUUUACCAAAGCAAGAACAUCACUAUGGCAAAACAGAGUAACUUUAAAUUAUAUCCAGUGAGGAUUCUGAUUGCCAUUUUCUUGAUUACACAAAGUGCAUUUACACUAUGAAAGUUAGCAUACAUCUACUCAGAGAUUUCGGCUAUAGCAAAAAAUGACUAUACAAAAAUCCCUCGAUCUGCAUACACUGAAUAAGUUGAACCUUUUGGACUAAAAUAUAGGUACAGUUCUAGAGUACAAAGAUGUCAAAAGGUUUUAAUAUCAAUUAAAGUUUGCUAAUGAUAGAGCACAUAUCAUAUCACGUUCAGUUUUCUCUCAUGUUUAAGGAGAAGGUAUUCAGAAGAAGAAGCAGUAUUAGACAAGGCAUUGGUGAAAUGUUCUACAGCUGUGUUCACUAAUGAUCUAAGUUCUCUCUGGUUUAUGCUGUUGAGACCUUACCUGAGCCUUAUGACGAGCAGGCUUUCACAUUAUGCUUGCAUAUGUUUAAAAAAGUUGCAGUCUUUCAAAUAUACAUAAAUGAAGCUUUUUUUAACAACAGAAACUCAGUAAACUAACAUUCUCUGUAAUAGGCAUCUGAAAUCGAGUGUCUCUCUGUAGUCGGCAUAAGGAAAUACUUUUUUUACUGUGGGAAAAAUGCAGAAUGCCACUUUUUUACAUUUGCUGCAAUCACAGCCUGUGUAAACAAAAUUAUUCUAAACCUGAAACACUUUGUGUGGUAUACAUUUUUAUAUUUUCUUCUUCUAAUGUCAAUGGGUUCCUCUGAAUUACAGAUGAUAUAUACAUUCAUGCUACAACAAGUUAAUGCUGUUUUCCAUUUACCUCAGAAGUUAAGAAGAAGAAUAUGAGAGCAGAGAAUGUUUCAGAAUGUGUUAGACUAUUCUAAAACAUUUUCACAACAUAGUUAGAUAAAGACUUAAAAGUUUACCACAGCUGAGUAAUAAAUAUUUAUCAUUGCUUUGUGGUGAAUCAAGACAAAAUAUAACUCACUUUUCAAAUCCAGAUUAGCAUUGUUCCAAAUUAGCAUUGUGCCAGGUUAGCACUGUUCCAUUUUAGAAUAGUUCCAGGUUAGCAUUGUUCCAGUUUAGAAUUGUGCCAGGAUAGAAUUGUGCCAGGUUAGCAAUGUUUCAGGUUAGCAUUGUUCCAGUUUAGAGUUGUAUCAGGUUAGCAUUGUUAUUAGCAAGCCCCGGUUAGCAGCGCUACUCAGCCGUGAUAUUUUAGAUUCUAGGGGCAUAUCAAUAAAAACUUUCAAAUGGAACGCAGCAAUGCACUCCUUUUGUCGAAAUGAUAAAUAAAAGUAAGUCAAUGGUUAUUUUUAUUCAAGUACAGAGUUCUAUUGGUUGGUAAAAUUCAUAUGUUAUUCAUACAGAACACUUAUUUGAUCCGAAAGCUUCAUAUUUAAAUACAACUUUAAGAAUAGGUGCCUGAAAAUGUGCCUUAUGCUAAAGCUAAUACUAAUGCUAACAGUUUAUUCAAAAAUCCAGCAUUACAAAAGUACAAUGAUAAAAAAAAAAAAAAAACUGUAUUUUAUGGUUUCCUGAUCUAACAAUCUAGCCACAGGUUAACAUUUUAGCCUUAAGAUACAAUGCUAGUUUGUGCAUUUUGAUAAAGAUGUAAGAACAGCAGCACCUCAAACUGUAGCUUAAAACUGCCAGAGUUAGCUUAGUUAGCUUUAAUUAACCAUAGCACUUGCUGCAUCUUUCAGUGAGUGUUUGUAUGGGAUCAGACUGAGACAGAGCAGCAUUAGUUUGCGUGAAGUAAUGUUGAUUAUAAUGUUUAACGCUACAUAAAUGAGCCUGUAAUUCCGAGGAUCCAGUGAAAGUCAGGGGAAAAUGUAUAACACAUACAGCUCACAUACUGUAUAACACAUACAGAAAAAAUAAGAGAACACUUCAGUUUCUGAAUCAGUUUCUCUGAUUUUGCUAUUUAUAGGUAUAUGUUUGAGUAAAAUGAAUAUUGUUGUUUUAUUCUAUAAACUACUAAAAACAUUUCUCCCAAAUAAAAUUUUUGUCAAAAGCAAAACUUUUUUUAAAGCAUUUGUUUGCAGAAAAUAAGAAAUGGCUGAAAUCAAUAUUUGGUGGAUAACUGUUUUUUAAUUACAGUUUUCAUGCAUCUUGGCAUGUUCUCCUUCACCAGUCUUACACACUGCUUUUGGAUAACUUUAUGCCACUCCUGGUGCAAAAAUUCAAGCAGUUCAUUUUGGUUUGAUGGCUUGUGAUCCUCCACCUUCUUCUUGAUUAUAUUACAGAGGUUUCCAAUUUGGUAAAAUUUUAAAAGAAACUCAUAAUUUUUAAGUGGUCUCUUAUUUUUUCCAGAACUGUAUAUUCAGUUUAGAACGGUAUUGUGUAACACAGGGAGUGCUUUCAGCUCCUUUUGAUUUCCAAAAACACCAUUAAUUUUCACUUGGAGAAAAAUCCAAGUUCCUUACAUGGACAAAGUGUCGACUACAGAAUGACAGCAGGACUUCAGAAGUGAAGUAAUGUACGCUUAGGGGUAAAAAGAGACCCCGUAUUUACUGUUGGUCAGCCUGUCAACAUUUCCAAAAUAUUCUGAAAGUCUUUUUUUUUUUAUGAAAGAAAGUGUUCCAGCAUACAAUGUGUGUACUGUAUUAUCUUAAUCCCGUUUCCUCUUGCUGCUUGGCUGUAUUUACGUUAAUGGGGAGGGAGGGGGGUGUAGCUGAACCACUUAACCUACCUGGCCUUUCUUUGUGAACCUGUGUGUCGUAGAGAGUAUAAGUUCAAUAGUAAACCAAUAGUAAAGAUAGGUACAGGACUAAACACCCUUUUCUUUUUUCAUGUUUGGUAAAUGUAUGAUGUCACUAAGUGCCCGGUAAUGGAAAACGUAGUUCUUGGGCCUGUUAGGAACGGAAAUCAUAAUGUAGCGUGCUGAAGUGUCAUUUUGCACAUCCUGGACUGAUGUAGGUUAAUGAUUUUUCAUGUGUUAAAGCCCAGACAGGGUAUAAAAGGACAAAAUACCAAAAUCAUAAUAGUACAUUCUAACGUUCUCUCAUUACAAGACACAUAUACAUUGAGAGGAUCCCCUCAUACACUAAAACAGACCCAUUAACACUGUACAUGUUUUACAGGAUGGGAAAACAGCAAUGUGUUUGGUACAGUUUUUUAUGUUUUUUGUUUUGAUUGUUGGUUUUGUUUAAGCUUUUUGUCUUUUUAAUUUUUUGACAUUUCUGUAUCAUAUUUUUUUUAUUUUUAUGUUUUUGAUAAAUACUACUUUUUAUUUAUUUUUUGUUCAAUGCAUUGAAUGGUUGCAUUACAGUUUUGCUUGUCUCUUUUUUUAUGGAAUCUUUUCCGUACUCUCAAUAAAAGAGGAAAUAUUU